GAUUGUUCCAGCAUCACGGCUGCAGGCUUCUGCUCAGUUUGGAGUUACUCGCGUCACCACAACUGUAUGCCUGCCUGAAGGUGGUUUGAAAAGAGGGGCACAGCAGCACAAGGAGUCUGCAUGUCUGCGUAGACAUGCUCAGCUUUGUGGAUACCCGGAUUCUGUUGCUGCUUGCAGUGACUUCAUACCUAGCAUCAUGUCAAUACGCGGGACCCAAAGGACCUCGAGGUGACAGGGGUCCCAAAGGCCCAGACGGAAAGGAUGGCAGUCCCGGACUCCCUGGACCCCCUGGCCCACCUGGUGCCCCAGGACUUGGAGGAAACUUCGCUGCUCAGUAUGAUGGUGCCAAAGCUCCCGAUCCCGGCCCUGGACCCGCGGGUCUGAUGGGCCCAAGAGGACCUCCUGGACCUCCCGGACCCCCUGGUGCUCAAGGCCACACUGGACACCCUGGUGAGCCCGGAGAGCCUGGUCAGACCGGCCCUCUCGGUCCCCGUGGACCCCCUGGACCUCCUGGCAAAUCUGGCGACGAUGGCAACAAUGGCAGACCUGGCAAGCCUGGAGACAGAGGAACCCCUGGCGUUCAGGGAGCUCGUGGAUUCCCCGGAACCCCUGGACUUCCAGGAAUGAAGGGACACAGAGGUUACAAUGGUAUCGAUGGACGUAAGGGAGAGCCUGGCGGUGCUGGUGUCAAGGGUGAAACUGGUGCUCAUGGCGCUGCUGGAAGUCCUGGACUCGCUGGAGCUCGCGGUAUGCCCGGUGAGAGAGGUCGUGCUGGCCCUGCUGGCCCUGCUGGUGCCCGUGGUGCUGAUGGCAAUACUGGACCUGCUGGCCCUGCUGGUCCCAAUGGUGCUGCUGGUCCCCCUGGCUUCCCAGGCGGUCCUGGACCCAAGGGAGAGAUUGGACCUGCUGGUGCUACUGGCCCAUCUGGACCUCAGGGAGCUAGAGGAGAGCCUGGUCCCAAUGGUGCUGUCGGUCCCGUUGGUCCCCCUGGUAACCCUGGUGCCAAUGGUCUGAACGGAGCCAAGGGAGCUGCUGGUGUUCCUGGAAUUGCUGGUGCUCCUGGUUUCCCCGGACCAAGAGGAGGUCCUGGACCUCAGGGACCUCAGGGUGCUGCUGGUCCCAGAGGCCUGUCUGGAGAUCCUGGCAUUCAGGGAGUGAAGGGAGAUACCGGACCCAAGGGAGAGCCCGGUAACUCUGGACCUGCUGGACCCCCCGGACCUCAGGGUGAGGAGGGCAAACGUGGAAAUUCUGGUGAGCCCGGUGCCACUGGCCCAGCUGGAAACCGUGGAGCAAGAGGCGCUCCUGGCAGCCGUGGAAUGCCUGGUUCUGAGGGAAGAACCGGACCUAUUGGCAUGCCUGGCGCCCGUGGUGCCACUGGCUCUGGUGGACCCCGUGGACCCCCUGGAGAUGCUGGUCGUGCUGGUGAGCCCGGUCCUGCUGGUCUUAGGGGUAUGCCAGGAAGCCCCGGAAGCACUGGACCCCCAGGAAAGGAGGGACCUGCUGGCGCCGCCGGACAAGACGGACGCACCGGUCCUCCUGGCCCAACUGGACCCAGAGGUCAGCCUGGAAACAUUGGCUUCCCCGGACCUAAAGGACCUUCUGGCGAGGCAGGCAAGCCUGGUGAGAAGGGAGGCACUGGCCCCACUGGACUGAGAGGACCACCUGGACCUGACGGCAACAACGGACCUGCCGGACCUGUUGGACCAAGCGGUGGUCCUGGUGAUAAGGGAGAGCAAGGACCCUCUGGAGCUCCUGGCUUCCAGGGUCUGCCUGGACCCGCUGGAGGCGCUGGAGAGGCCGGCAAGCCUGGAGAGAGAGGUAUCCCUGGAGACCAGGGAGUCGCUGGCCCUGCUGGAGUUAAGGGAGAGCGUGGUAACCCCGGUUCUGCCGGUCCUGCUGGACCUCAGGGACCAAUGGGAUCUCGUGGACCCGCUGGACCUGCGGGUACCGAUGGUGGCAAGGGAGAACCCGGACCUGCUGGAGCUGCUGGUGCUGCUGGACAUCAGGGACCCGGUGGAAUGCCCGGAGAGCGUGGAGCUGCUGGUACCCCAGGACCCAAGGGAGAGAAGGGAGAGGUUGGACACAAAGGCCCUGACGGCAACGCUGGCAGAGAUGGUGCCCGUGGUCUGCCUGGACCCGCCGGACCCCCAGGACCAACUGGAGCCAACGGAGAUAAGGGUGAGAGUGGAUCAUUCGGACCUCCCGGACCCGCUGGACCCCGUGGAUCUUCUGGAGAGCGUGGAGAGGUCGGACCCGCCGGACCUGCCGGAUUCGCUGGACCCCCUGGUGCCGAUGGUCAGCCCGGCGCUAGAGGAGAGCGUGGACCUGCUGGAGUCAAGGGAGAAGUUGGACCCAGUGGCCCUGCUGGACCCGCUGGACAAUCUGGACCCGCUGGACCCGCUGGCCCUGCUGGACCCGCUGGUGGCCGUGGAGAAAAUGGUCCUCCUGGUCUGACUGGUUUCCCUGGCUCUGCUGGCAGGAUGGGCACCGCUGGUCCCGCUGGUAUCGUUGGUCCUCCUGGACCAGCUGGUCCCGCUGGUAAGGACGGUCCUCGUGGUGCUCGUGGUGAUGCCGGUGUCGCCGGCCCUCCUGGAGAGCAGGGUAUCUCUGGACCUCCUGGUGCACCUGGAGACAAGGGACCCUCUGGUGAAUCUGGACCUGCUGGACCUCCUGGUGCUCCUGGCUCUUCUGGCCCUCUCGGUCUUCAAGGAUACGUUGGUCUGCCUGGUGCUCGAGGAGAUCGCGGUAUCCCUGGUGGUGCUGGUGCAUCUGGAGAGACUGGUAGAGUUGGACCUACUGGUGCCCCUGGAGCCCGUGGUCCUCCGGGCAACAUCGGUCUGCCUGGUAUGACCGGACCUCAGGGUGAGGCUGGACGUGAGGGUAGCCCUGGCAACGAUGGACCCCCUGGCCGUCCCGGUAUUGCUGGAUUCAAGGGAGACCGUGGUGAGCCUGGACCCGCUGGUUCCAUGGGAGUUGCUGGAUCCCCCGGCCCUGCUGGACCCAGCGGACAGGCUGGCAGACCCGGAAACCGUGGAGAGUCUGGUGCUGGUGGACCUUCUGGACCUGUUGGACCCGCUGGAGCCAGAGGUGCUGCUGGACCCGCUGGAGGCCGUGGUGAGAAGGGAGUUGCUGGAGAGAAGGGAGAGAGAGGAAUGAAGGGUCUCCGUGGACAUCCUGGUCUCCAGGGAAUGCCAGGACCUUCUGGUCCCUCUGGUGAUACUGGACCUGCUGGCCAAAACGGACCUGCUGGACCUAGAGGCCCUGCUGGACCUCACGGACCUCCUGGUAAGGAUGGUAGAGCUGGUUCCCACGGACCUAUCGGUAGCCCUGGUGCUCGUGGUCCCCCUGGACAAGUUGGACCUUCUGGUCCCCCUGGAUCUCCUGGUCUCCCUGGACCUCCCGGCCCCGCUGGUGGUGGAUACGAUGUGUCUGGAUAUGAUGAGUACAGAGCUGACCAGCCUGCCCUGAGAGCCAAGGACUUUGAGGUUGAUGCCACCAUCAAGUCCCUCAACACCCAGAUUGAGAACCUGCUUACCCCCGAGGGAUCCAGGAAGAACCCUGCUCGCACAUGCCGUGACAUCAAGCUCAGCCACCCCGAGUGGAGCAGCGGAUACUACUACAUCGACCCCAACCAGGGAUGCAUCAAUGAUGCCAUCAAGGUCUUCUGCAACUUUGACACCCGUGAGACCUGCGUCUUCGCCCACCCUGCCAGCAUUGCCAAGAAGAACUGGUACAGAAGCACAGAGGACAAGAGGCACGUCUGGUUCGGAGAGACCAUCAAUGGUGGAACCGAGUUUACCUACAACGACGCCACACUCAGCCCCCAGAGCAUGGCCACUCAGCUGGCUUUCAUGCGCCUCCUGUCCAACCAGGCCAGCCAGAACAUCACCUACCACUGCAAGAACAGCGUCGCCUACGUGGAUGCCAACAGCGGCACCAUGAAGAAGGCGGUGGCUCUCCUGGGCUCCAACGAUGUUGAGCUGAGGGCUGAGGGCAACAGCCGCUUCACCUACACCGUCCUGGAGGAUGGCUGCACUAGUCACACUGGUCAAUGGAGCAAGACAGUGAUCGAGUACAGAACAAAUAAACCAUCUCGCCUUCCCAUCCUCGACAUUGCACCUAUGGACAUUGGUGGAGCUGAUCAGGAGUUUGGUUUGGACAUUGGCCCAGUCUGUUUCAAAUAGACUCAUGAUAAAUUAACACCAAAAAAGAGAGAAAGAACGAAAAAAUGAAAAAUCUCUGCCCUUCUAUCUGUUUUUUUAAUGCUGAUUUCUCUCUGCGCAUCCACUUGCUUAAGAUGGGCACCAAUCGGAGAGGACUGAAUGGACUGAGCAAAGCAUUUGUGCAAUGCAAAUUAAUACAGACACCCAAAGGGACGCGGGGAAACACCUUGUUGUAGGACAUCAUGUCAUCCUUUUUGUAAAAAAUAAAAGAAGUGUAAUAAAAACGCUGAAAGUA